AAGCAUCUUAAUCAUCAACCACCAUCCCCUCGUAGCUCCGCCUGCGUCCAACCAUGUUGACCAGGCAAUCUCUGCGACGCCUUCCCAUCAGCAGCAGGCUACUGUCUGGUAGGGUUUAUGUUCCCAGUCAUGCUCUCUUCCCCAGACGUGAGAUGGCGACUCCCGCUAAACCUCCCUCUCCGAACGACAUUUUUGCAAAUGGAACAAAUGCAUAUUAUGCAGAGGAAAUGUACAGGCAUUGGAGGCAGGAUCCCAAAUCUGUACAUGCUUCAUGGGAUGUGUAUUUUCGAGGGCUGGACAAAGGCCUGUCUAGCCCACAAGCGUUCCAGCCUCCUCCAAGUCUCGUGGCACCUCCAGCAGAUGGUGCACCAGCUCUCUACGCGACUUCUGGUGGGACUGAAUUGGACGAUCACUUGAAGGUUCAACUGCUCGUUCGUGCAUAUCAAGUUCGUGGUCAUCACGUCGCAGAAUUGGACCCUCUUGGGAUUCUUGACACCGACCUCGCUGAUUAUCGUCCACCGGAGCUUGAGCUUAGUCGUUAUGGCUUCACGGAACGCGAUCUGGACAAGGAUAUCACCCUUGGGCCGGGUAUUCUUCCCCAUUUUGCGACCGAGGACCGAAAAACGAUGAAGUUGGGGGAGAUAAUCAAGCUCUGCAAACGUAUCUAUUGUGGAGCCGUUGGUAUCCAAUACGUCCAUAUUCCCGACAAGGAUCAAUGCGACUGGAUUCGUGAACGUAUCGAAAUUCCGAAGCCUUGGAAUUACACAGUCGAAGAGAAGCGUAUGAUCCUUGACCGUCUCAUUUGGUCGGAGUCAUUCGAGAAAUUUAUUGCCUCCAAAUACCCAAAUGAGAAACGGUUUGGUUUGGAGGGUUGUGAAGCUCUCAUUCCUGGUAUGAAAGCUCUCAUUGACCGAUCAGUCGAGCAUGGCGUGAAGCAUGUCACGAUGGGUAUGCCUCACCGAGGACGACUCAAUGUUCUUGCUAAUGUGAUUCGAAAACCGAUCGAGGCGAUUUUGAACGAAUUCAGUGGAGCAGAGGAAGACGAGCCCGCCGGCGAUGUGAAAUAUCAUCUUGGUGCCAACUACGUUAGGCCUACUCCCUCCGGCAAAAAGGUUUCCCUCUCACUCGUUGCAAACCCCUCACAUUUGGAAGCAGAGGACCCUGUUGUACUUGGAAAAACUCGUGCUAUCCAGCAUUUUGAACAGGAUGAACAUGCGCAUAAUACAGCCAUGGGUGUUCUUCUUCAUGGUGAUGCCGCCUUCGCUGGACAGGGAGUCGUUUACGAGACCAUGGGUUUCCACAAUCUUCCGCAUUACGGAACCGGAGGGACCAUUCAUUUAAUUGUCAAUAACCAGAUUGGUUUCACCACUGAUCCCCGUUUCGCACGGUCCACGCCUUACCCAUCCGACAUUGCGAAGUCAAUCGACUCUCCCAUCUUCCACGUUAACGGUGACAACGUGGAGGCGGUGAACUUUGUUUGUCAACUGGCUGCUGACUAUCGUGCCAAAUUCAAGAGAGAUGUUGUCCUCGACAUCGUUUGUUAUCGGCGACAUGGUCACAACGAAACCGAUCAGCCGAUGUUCACUCAACCCAGGAUGUACAAGGCCAUCAAGGACCAGCCCACACCUCUUACCCAGUACUCCAAGUUCCUCGUUGGACGAGGCACGUUCACCGAGAAGGAUAUCGAAGAGCACAAGAAAUGGGUCUGGGGUAUGCUCGAAAAGGCCGCCGCUGGCGCAAAGGACUAUGUUCCUACCAGCAAGGAAUGGUUGUCGGCUUCUUGGCAGGGAUUCCCAUCUCCAAAGCAGCUGGCUGAUCAAACGUUGCCCACGCGGCGCACCGGAUCUGAUGAGGAAACUUUGAAGCGGGUCGGAAAGGUCAUCUCCAACUACCCCAAUGGAUUCCAAGUUCACAGUAACCUUGCCCGUAUUCUUUCCACCCGUGGUAAGGCCGUCGAAGAGGGUAAGAACAUUGAUUGGUCCACGGCCGAAGCCCUUGCAUUUGGUAGUUUAGCGUUGGAAAAGAUACAUGUUCGUGUGUCUGGUCAGGACGUGGAACGUGGCACCUUCUCACAGCGACAUGCUGUUCUGCACGAUCAGGAGACUGAAGCCCAAUAUGUUCCUCUGAAUGACCUCGGGUCAUCGCAGGCUCGCUUCGUCGUCUGCAACUCCUCUCUCUCGGAGUUCGGCGCUCUUGGGUUUGAAUUAGGAUAUUCUUUGGUCUCCCCCGAUUGUCUCACGAUGUGGGAAGCCCAAUUCGGUGAUUUCGCCAACAACGCUCAAUGUAUCAUUGACCAGUUCAUCGCUUCUGGCGAGAGGAAAUGGUUGCAGCGGUCUGGUUUGGUUGUAAGCCUGCCUCAUGGCUAUGACGGUCAAGGACCAGAGCACUCUAGCGGAAGAAUUGAACGGUUCUUGCAACUGUGUGAUGACCAUCCUCAUGUCUUCCCUUCCCCGGAAAAAAUUGAAAGGCAACACCAGGACUGCAACAUGCAGGUUGUGUAUCCAACCACACCCGCCAACUACUUCCACGUCCUUCGUCGUCAAAUUCACCGUGAUUUCCGAAAACCGCUCAUCUUGUUCUUCUCAAAGAACCUUCUCCGUCAUCCCAAGGCUCGUUCUGAACUCUCUGAGAUGGUUGGAGAGACCAGCUUCCAGCGAUAUAUUCCCGAGCCUCACCCAGAAACGCUGGUAUCUCCUGAAGACAUCAAACGACAUAUUCUUUGCACUGGUAACCCCAAACACUUUCUGCGCAUUGCGUAUCUUUGAGCGAGCAGCUGACCGUCACAUUUAGGUCAAGUUUAUCACACUCUUCUUGCUGCGAGAGAGGAGAGAGGUAUCAAGGAUAUUGCCAUUAGCAGAGUGGAACAGGUUUCGCCCUUCCCAUACGAUCUUAUUACUCCCCAUCUAGACAAAUAUCCUAACGCCAGUCUCUUUUGGUCCCAGGAAGAACCGUUGAACAACGGAGCGUGGAAUUACGUUGGACCUCGUAUCUACACAUCUGCUCAGCACACCGAGCAUCACAAAGGAAAGUAUCCUCGUUAUUCUGGAAGGGAACCCACGAGCUCCGUUGCAACGGGUAGCAAAGCUCAACACAAGAAAGAAAUUGAACAAUUCGUCAACGUUGCUUUCGACUUGUCUUGAAUAGCAUUGAUAUCUUUCCUGCUAUUCAUCGUUGUUUUCGACGAAGAGGGUGGGAUAUUGUUGCAGCAUUCCGCUUUUCUCAUGCUUUCGGUUUUUCACCCUUAUCUAUCACUAAAGUCGGGAUAAUGACCAAGCAGGAUUCUGCUUCGAUUCUAAAUAAGUUCUUCGAUACAUGACAGCUAUUUAUAUAGGGGUUUUUACCUGCACUCCAAUUGCAAAACUGCUUUAGAAACGUC